AUGGAGGAGGCCGCGAGACGCGUCCGCUGCUGCAUCAUGUUCUUCCUGCUCGCCCUCGCGGGCGCCCACGCCGCAGCAAAGGGGCAAUUUCCCGAGUGGCGCUUUCAGGGACGUGAUGUGGUGGUGAAGAUCCCAAGAGAUUCGUUCCACGAGCCUCAAUCGGCCGCGUGCGAAGCUGCUGCCGCUGCUGCCGCCGCUAAGAACUCCUCUCCCGCACCGGUCCUCAUCAUCGACGCGCCAUCGUGGUUUUGCACGUCCGAUUCUGUCGGCAAUCAUUUGCCACUAUACUUCACCCUUCGAGCCUUGGCCUUGCUGCAUGGCAUCGGAUUCCAGAUGCAGCCGACCCGAGCGCUAUUCGGUUGCAAUAAGGGGGUGUUGGCAAGCAACGGCUCAAAGACGCAGAAGUACACGUAUGACCUCGAUGAUGCCGUCACCCACUUUCGCUGUGGGGACAUUAUGGAAAUGGAUGCGUCACGGGGCCCGCUCAAUUCUGGGUUUGUGCCAUUGAGUGUGCUUCUUCGCUACCUGCGCCCACUUGCCCCGCGUUCGGUGGGCAUUGUCACAACACCGCUCGUUGAGAAGUGCAGCAGCAAACUCGAGACCCGAGCCAUGGACUGCAAGCACGGCAAGCAGUGCCACGACAUCCUUGAAGAAGAUGCACGGCCCAAGGGUCAGAAUCCAUGA